GCAGCUGUACACCAUCUCUCCUGGAAGACAAUCUGAAGAAACAUCCAGCUGCAGGUGUUUUUUUUAUCAUUUCCAGAUCAAGCUAUGAAAUGGGUGGAGUCAAAAGAAACUUCCUCCUGUACUCAUUGUGCUGCUGCUAUGUGAUCCCACAGUGUCUCUGCACAGGACUUCAUUCUCAGACUGUGCGGUUUUCAUCUCAAGUCAGUAGACAUUUGGAGCAGCAGGCCAUGUGCCCUCAGAUAAGCGUCGGGGAGGAUCGUUUCCCAGGAUUUUACAUUAUGUCUCAGUUCCACAUUGCUGAGCUGGCGAGAAGAGGCACUGUUAAAAAGGUUCCUGGAUCAUCUCCUCAGCAUGUUGCUUAUCAAAUAGGCCCAGCAUUCAACUUCAGAAUCAACACGAGAUCAGCUUAUCCUCUCGGACUGCCGGAGGAGUUUGCGUUCGUGGCUGUGCUGCGAAUGAGUGCCAGCACCAUAAGUAAAAACUGGAAUAUCUGGCAGAUGCAGGAUGCGAAUGGUAGCGAGCAGCUGUCUGUUAGACUCAAUGGGGAGUCUAAGACUGUGGAGUUUACCUUCACAGCGCUGGACACAGGGAGGCAGACUAUUGUCUUUGGGCCCCUGGCUUCUCUCUUCAAUGAGCAGUGGCACAGAGUGCUGCUGGAUGUCAGCAGAGGCUCUAUCACCCUCUACGUGGACUGUGUCAUGAUCGGGUCUCAGAGCAUCCCAACCCUACAAAAAGUCAGUCUGGAUGGGUUCACGUUGAUAGGAAAACUCAAGGACAACCCUGUGAUGGCAAUUCCGUUUGAACUUCAGUCAAUGCUGAUUCACUGCGAUGUGACGCGAGCCAGGACAGAAGCUUGUUACGACCUCCCAGCCAGGACAUGGACUGAUGUGACAGAGGUGCAGAGGAACGACGGACCUGCUGGCCCUCCUGGACCUGCAGGUGUCCCAGGAAUUGAUGGCAUCGAUGGGGAGAGAGGACCAGAUGGCGAGGAUGGCCUCCCUGGCCCUGAUGGUGAUGCAGGUAAACCUGGCUCCUCAGGAUUACCUGGAAUUCCUGGCAAUGAUGGUCUGACCGGCCCUUUUGGAGAACCAGGGCCCGACGGUCCCUCCGGACAGAAAGGUGAACCUGGAAAACCUGGACCUCGAGGGGCAACUGGUGUUGGGCCAGACGGACCCCCCGGACCACCUGGACCUGGAGGACUUCUGGGUGAAUUGGGAAAAGUGGGACCACCUGGGGCCAUCGGUGUGAGGGGACCACAGGGACCUCGUGGACCAACAGGGCCCCGAGGUGCAGCUGGAAUGCUUGGCAGUGCCGACCUGUGUCCAAACUCGUGUCCACCUGGGACCUCUGGACAUCCCGGCCUUCCUGGCAUGAAGGGUCACAAGGGCGUAAAAGGUGAAGCAGGAGAACCUGGAAAACAAGGGCACAAGGGUGAGGAGGGAGACCAGGGAGGUCCUGGAGAGGUCGGAUCCCAAGGACCAACGGGCCCACAGGGGAAUCGUGGCGCCAUGGGAAUGAUGGGCCCCAAGGGAGACAGGGGAGCGCGAGGUCAUGAUGGAGACCCAGGUCCUCAGGGUGUCAUGGGGGCAACUGGGGAUUUUGGACAGAGAGGUGUGAUGGGCGAGCUCGGGCCUAAAGGUGAAACGGGUGUUCUAGGGCCAAGAGGAAUCACAGGCGUGCCGGGUCCCAAGGGAGAGUCUGGUUUACCAGGUGUGGAUGGUCGCGAGGGUAUUCCUGGGAUGCCGGGAGCGAAGGGAGGCGUCGGGAAGGCUGGUGUUCCUGGAGAGGUUGGACUUCAGGGGUUUCCUGGUUUGCCUGGUGCACCUGGACCAAAAGGCUUAGGUGGCCCUAAGGGAGACUCCGGUCAGACAGGCUUCCCUGGAACAUUGGGACCUGCUGGCAAAACAGGUGAGCGUGGAGAACAGGGCGAGGUGGGACCUGUUGGACCCAUUGGUGAUCCUGGAGAUGUAGGAGAGAAAGGCCCCGAAGGUCCAGCUGGAAAGCCGGGUGCCAGGGGACCCAAAGGUGACCCUGGCCUCCCCGGUCUCCCUGGUCCUUCUGGUCUUCCUGGUGUGAAAGGAGAGCGGGGGGAACGUGGAGAAGCAGGACCCAAAGGAGAGCAGGGAACACAAGGUGAUGAGGGAAACGCUGGCGACAAAGGAGAUUUUGGUGAAUCAGGAGAAUCUGGAGCUAAAGGAGAGGUUGGAAACCCUGGCGAGCCUGGCAGGAGAGGUCCCGAGGGAAGUCGAGGUCAGCCUGGCAUUGAGGGGCCGCCUGGCACACCGGGACCCCGGGGCAUGCAGGGAAACAGGGGCCAAACUGGAGUCAGAGGAUCUCAGGGGCCUGCGGGUAAAGAGCCAAGUGAUCAGCACAUCAAACAAGUUUGCAUGCGAGUCAUGCAAGAACAGCUGGCCCAGUUAGCAGCUAGCUUAAGGAGGCCAGAGUCUGGCGUAGCUGGCUUACCUGGAAAACCUGGACCUCCAGGGUCUCCCGGGCCUCCGGGAGACAAUGGCUUCCCUGGGCAGGCUGGAACAAGAGGCCUUCCCGGACUCAAGGGGCCCCCAGGAGCCCUGGGAAAUAAAGGACCUAAAGGUGAAAUGGGAGACAGAGGCUCCAGAGGGCCGACAGCAAGAGGACCUAAAGGUCAGCCAGGACCUCCUGGACUUCCUGGUGAAGCAGGCAAACCAGGCUACGGUCAGGACGGUCGGGACGGGCAGAGGGGACCUCCUGGCGUUCAUGGACAACACGGUGUGCCUGGGCCUCCUGGUGCAGCUGGCCCUAACGGUUACUGCGACCCGUCGUCCUGUAACCUCCAGGCGGGGGCCGCCCACCAGUCUCUGGAUGUGAAGGGACCUGCAGGGAACUAAGAGCCACUCUGGCAGAAACAGAAAGACUGUUGGAUUAUCUCCCCCUGAGCACACAUCAUUUUUCACACUUUCUUCCCCUCGGGCUGUUGGUUGUUGUGGUGCCUUCGAUCCAUUAACCUCUAGUGUUGUGAACGUGUUCUGUGGCAGCCACAGCUCCAUCGGAAGGAGGCACAAGUACAAAAGAAAAAAACAGAACAUUGUUUUUUUUUAUGUACUGAAAAAAAAAUCCAGCUUUUUUUUCCUGUUGUAUUUUUCUACCGGAGAUGUUUUGAUAUAUUCAGGGUAGUGAGUUCACAUUACUGAGAUGAAAUGAAAUGACCAGAAUUUGUUCGUCCCACUCUCCUCCCUCUGCUUUUCUCUCCUCCUCUUUCCCAUUUACAUCUGUUUCUCACACACUUCAAUUAAUGACCCAAAUCAAAUCAGGAGCAGGAUUUUCAGGUAAAAUGCUUUUUUUCCCCAAAAUAUUUUACUCUGUAUGUGCUAAUGUACCAAAGAUGCAGGUACCUUCAUUUGUUUUAGUAAAGAGUUUUAUUUUUUUCUUGUCCGAGCAUCGUUUCAGCCUUGGAGUUUAAAAUAAAGGAGAGAGGAUGAAAAUGCCAUCAAGUCACACUGACUUCAGUUUGUUGUAAAUCUGUAAAAAAAAUAUGUUUGAAAUGUGGUAUGAUAUUAUAUUUCCUACAAAACAAGCUGAUGAGUGAGUGUACAGAAAAAACAGAAAGAGAGCAGCUGUGCAUUUACGGGAAUAUAAUUUAGGAAUGAGGGAAACCCUCAUCAAUGUGAGAAAUAAAGAAAACUACACAUGCAGUGUUUAAUUUAUUCUGUAUACUGGUUUCUUUCUGUGAUGAUAAAUAUUGUGGCAAAUAUCAGAAAAUGCAUAAAUCAAUUCUCGUUUUAUUUUUAAACUGCUCAAAUAAAAACUACAAUCUUGUAGUGGUAAAAUA